UCUGAUGAUAUGUUUAUUUCUACUUUUCCAUGAAAAAUGACAUGGUUAAAUUGAUGCGCACUGCUUAUAAAAACAGUGUAACACCGUCAUAAUCAUUCGCGUUCUUCAUUUACAACGAUGUCCACUGUUGCUGUUUUAAAUAAAAAUUGUUAUGCGUUACAAAAUGAAAAUAUAUAUAAUUCAUUGCAUCGCAAAAAAUCAGCUUCAAACCCGGUUUCUAAAAGCUGGUGGGAAAUUCAUCGCAGGCCUAUAUUUAUAAGCCUGAUAUUCACUUUGGUUGUUGGACUUAUCUUGAUAUUUGCGAUUGCUGCUUGCAGUCUUUCUAUUGGAUUUUUCAUAAAUAAAAGCCCAUGCGAAAAACAUGUUAAACAAAAUGGUUUUCCGUAUCUUCUUUCAACGAAAAUCAAUGGGAGUGGAACGACAACAAAUCGUGAUUCUCAAAAUAAAACCAUGGCAGCUGAAAAAACUACUCGGACAAUUCUCAUUACUCACUGGACCAAUGUAUCUGGAAGUAAAAUGGAACAGAAACAUCAAAUCAAAGGUCACACAGGUCAGAUUAAUGGAUUACAAUUUUAUCGGAUAAAUAAACAUGUGUAUCGUACAAAACGGAAAAGAUCGUCUUUUCCAUCACCAUUUUUACCUCAACUCAGAUCACAUCGUGUGAAAAGAUCCGCAAAUCUUGAAGGAAGGGUGUUCAAGAUUCACACAAAAGACAAUUACCAGUGUUUGUAUUUUGACGGAGCAACUGCUAAAUCCUUUAAAUGGAUUCAGAACGGCAAUUUUGUAAAGUUUACUUUUGAGAAACAAAUAGACGGAUCAUACAAAAUAAAGUCAUUUGGGAGGCCGAGAUACAUGUAUGACGGAUAUAACGUGUCUGGUGCAAAAGAGAUAUAUCUAAAUGGUUACAACCAAACAGACGACGAUCAUAUGCGUUACUACAUAACCAUGGAAACGCAAGGCUACUUCAGAAUAAAAACAAAAGCAACAAAUCGGUACGUUCGGCUUGAUCCGGACGAAUACGUCUCAUCAAGGUUCAAUAUAGCAGACGACAGGUCGUUGUUUCAGUUCAUAGAAGUGGAUAGAGUAAAUCUUCAGGGAAAAGUGUUCCAGAUAUUCGAACUGAAAGCUGGUGAAUGGUGGUAUUACGACGGGAAUAAUUCAGAUCUAAAAGCUGUAAGGCAGUUUACGUCGCAACCAAGGAGUGAUUUUCUUAAGUUUACUUUUGAAAAACAAAUGGACGGAUCAUACAAAAUAAAGUCGUUUGCUGUACCAAGAUAUAUUUACGAUGGGUAUAACGUGUCUGGUGCACGUGGAGUAUAUCUAAAUGGUAAUGACCAAACGGAUGACGAUCAUAUGCGAUACUAUAUAACCAUGGAAACACCGAAAUCCUACAGAAUAAAAACAAAAGCAACAAAUCGUUACGUUCGGCUGGACGCGAUCGGAUAUGUAUCAUCCAGAUUGAAUAGAGCAGACGCAAGAUCUCUAUUUAGAUUUGCUGAGAUGCAUACAGUAAAUAUUGAAGGAAAAGUGUUCAAGAUACAGGCAAAAGAAAACAAUCAAUUUUGGCAUUUCGACGGAGGUAACGAAGUCCUUAAAGUUGUUUCGUCAUUGGUUCAACCAAAUGAUGAUUAUGUUAAAUUUACUUUUGAGAAGCAAACUGACGAUUCAUAUAAAAUAAAGUCGUUUGCCAUGCCAAGAUACAUGUACGACGGGUAUAACGUGUCAGGUGCACGUGGGAUAUAUCUAAAUGGUGACGACCAAACGGAUGACGAUCAUAUGCGAUUCUUUGUAACCAUGGAAACACAAGACUUCUACAGAAUUCAAACAAAAGCAACGAAUCGUUACGUUCGGCUUGACUCGGACAAUUACGUAUCAUCAAGAGAAAAUAUAGCAGACGAUAGAUCGCUGUUUAAGCUCGUAGUGGUGUAAACAAAAAUGAAUUUUGACUAAAACAAGACAACUUGUGUUUAUCAAUUUCUUUUAUCA